GUAGCUGGAUUUCGGAUGGCACAAACGGCCACCACUAUCUUUUAUCUGAACCUGGCUUUGGCUGACUUCUGUUUCACGGCUAUUCUACCAUUCCUUAUCACCUCAUUGGCCAUGAAAACAAAAUGGCCUUUUGGUUGGUUCAUGUGUAAAUUAGUUCACAUUGUGGGGGAGAUAAACCUAUUUGGAAGUGUCUUCCUGAUUGCUCUCAUUGCCUUGGAUCGCUGUAUUUGUGUCCUACAUCCAGUCUGGGCUCAGAAUCACCGCACUGUGAGCCUAGCUAGGAAGGUAAUCAUCGGACCCUGGAUUCUUGCCCUCAUCUUCUCAUUGCCCAUUUUCCUCUUCUUGACUACGGUUAGAAUUCCAGGAGGGCAUGUGUACUGUACAUUCAGCUUUGCGUCCUGGGGUGACACUGAAAUGGAACAGGUGAAUGCAGCUAUCACUACGCUAACAGUCACAGGAAUCAUCAGGUUCAUCAUUGGCUUCAUCAUGCCCAUGUCCAUCGUUGCCAUCUGCUAUGGACUCAUCGCUGCCAAGAUCCACAGAAGGGCCCUUGUUAAUUCCAGCCGUCCUUUACGCGUCCUUACUGCAGUUGUGGCUUCCUUCUUUAUCUGUUGGUUUCCCUACCAACUCGUCCUCCUUUUAUACACAGUCUGGGUCAAAGAGUCACUUUUUAGUGGUGGUUAUAAAAUUCUUGACAUGUUGGUUCACCCAACAAGCUCAUUGGCCUUCUUCAAUAGCUGUCUCAACCCAAUGCUCUAUGUUUUUGUGGGCCAGGACUUUCGAGAAAGACUGAUUCAUUCCCUGCCUUCCAGUCUGGAGAGAGCCCUGAGUGAGGACACUGCCGAGAUCAGUGGUACAGGCACCAAUACUGCUUCAGCUUCUGAAGGCAUCGAGAUAAAGGCCAUAUGAGGAAAGGA